CCCGCGGCGAGAACACCUGUCGCGACGACGAUCCUCCACACCUCCACGGCGGCCGAGCUCCCACCGCCUGUUCGGCUGGCCCGCUGCGCUGCACCCGCCUCUUAUAAGGGGACUCCACGCGCCAGCGCGAUGUCACUCGCCGUCGCGUCCGCCUCUGCGUCCCCGUCGGCCCUCUUGCCGUCGCCAACCACGGCCGCCCGCCGCCGAUUCCUCCACCACCUCCUCGCCGCGCCCCCGAGGCCGCCGUCUCUGCGGCGCUGCUCCCCGUACCACUGGAUGGCGCAAUUUUGGACUGAAGGAUCACUGGAGAAGAACAAUGCUCUGGUUGAGUACCUGAAGCAGUAUGGUGCUGUUACAACGGAUCAAGUGGCAGAAGUAAUGGAAACUAUCGACAGAGCGUUGUUUGUACCAAAAGGCUUUACCCCUUACAUUGACAGUCCUAUUCCUAUUGGUUACAAUGCAACAAUAUCUGCCCCUCACAUGCAUGCAACAUGCUUAGAACUGUUGAAGGAUCGUUUGCAGCCAGGAAUGCGUGCCCUCGACGUUGGAUCAGGCAGUGGCUACUUGACAGCUUGUUUUGCAAUGAUGGUUGGACCAGAAGGGCAUGCGGUGGGGAUUGAACAUAUUCCUGAACUUGUUGUUGCCUCUACUGAAAAUGUGGAAAGGAGUGCCGCAGCUCCACUACUGAAGGAGGGUUCGCUUUCUUUUCAUGUUUCAGAUGGAAGGCUUGGCUGGCCGGACGCGGCGCCAUACGAUGCGAUUCAUGUGGGCGCGGCGGCACCUGAGAUCCCUCAGCCGCUGCUCGAGCAGCUGAAGCCUGGAGGGCGGAUGGUGAUUCCCGUCGGAACCUACUCGCAGGACCUGCAAGUGAUUGAUAAGAACACUGACGGAUCGACCAGCGUUCGGAACGAUGCCUCCGUGCGCUAUGUCCCUCUAACCAGUCGCUCUGCACAGCUGCAGGACCAGUGAAACCUUUCUGCGCUCUAGAUCUGGAAAGUGUAUAUAUAUAUGUGUGUCUGGGAAGUGUAUAUAUGUUUUGAGUGUCUACGAUCUGUUCUGCCCUAGUCGCAUCUGUUGUUUUAGAUGGUGUAGUUUAACUAGUAAUAAUGCUUACUGCUGAUCGAUGCCACUGAAAGAUCUUUGCACUCAAGUGUUGUUUGCAUCUUGUAUUAAAUAAAAAGUAGGGGGCUUACUACAAUCUUGAAUA